AUGUCGGCGCCUACUCAACAGUCCUCCGCAAAUGGUCCGUCGCCGUUGACCAGCCUACGGCCAAUCUUUCCUAACUCCGAUGACCCGCUGUCAGCCGUGCAGAUUCUGCAAGUUUGGGGCAUCUGGCCCGACCUGAAGCGUGGCCGUAAGAGCCUUACCCGCCCAUGGGAGCCGUUCUAUCCGCCUUACAUCACACGCACGCUUGAGCAAGAACGGCAGUCGUAUUCGAACGGAGAGACGUAUAUGGCCAGGGCCUCUGCGGCAGUCAUCUCAGAGCUCUGGACUGACGCGAAGAGGGGAGACUCUCGUCUGAGUGAGCCGAGCAACUGGGUCGCCGCCACCGUGUCAAGCUCUCUCGUUCAUCCGGCAGUCGACAGGAUCGAUGCCUCCGACACCCUUCCUCGCCCCAUCAACGUCUUGUACCUGACCAUCCCCAACAACAAGGUUAGGCUCUUCGAGGGCAUCGGUGUCGUCGGCGUUCGCGAUCCCCGAGCCAAGAGUGUGCGUCUGCUCGAAGUGAAGAGGCUCAAGAGGCAUACAAACCAGCUUGUGGUCCACCUUGAGCAUAUGGGAACCGCAACACCGUCUGCCCGGUCGAUUCCCCAGGGCACCACCUUCGACGUCGCCCCUUUUUGCGGUAUCAAGACGCGCAAUGCAGAGCUGCGUGCCAUUGCGGACCUUUCGAAGAAGAGCGCAAGUGCAAUGGAUAUGUUGUGCCUGCCGCAUCUUCCGAUUGCUAGAGUUGAAGAGGAUGAUGAGCUUGUCAAGACAUACCGCCCAGACCCUAGCCGCCGCCUGCGAACUGUCCCCGACAGGUUCAACCGUAGGGCUUGGAAUGCCAACAACGUCUUUUCACCGUCUCCCGCCUCAGUUCAUCCCCCUCCUGCCUCUAUUCCCGGGCUGGCACCUGAUGUCCCAGCCCAUCAGCUCGACCACGUUCCAAACCCUGUCAACGCGGUGCUGCAAGAUGUCGAUCAACUCGAUCAAGGCCUCGUGAUGGUUCAAGCGUAA